UGGCCCAGAGAAGCACUUCUUUCUGUAUCAAGGACUUUCUUUAUGCAUGUUGAUCUCGGAACUGAUCGAAUGAAAGAGAAACUUUCUGUAAUGUGUGUAGACAUUCACAUGAGUGUAACAGAGAUGGCAGAGCAGUACUAUGCAGAGCUCCGGCGACGCUACUAUACAACACCAACUUCCUAUUUAGAAUUAAUCAAUCUUUAUUUGUCCAUGCUUACUGAAAAAAGGAAGCAACUAGUUUCAGCUCGGGAUCGUGUAAAAAAUGGUUUAACCAAACUGUUAGAGACAAAUGUACUUGUUGACAAAAUGAAAUUAGAUCUGUCAGCUUUAGAACCAGUUCUCAAGGAGAAAUCGGUGGAUGUUGAGGCUUUGAUGGAAAAAUUAGCAGUGGAUCAAGAAAAUGCUGACCAGGUUCGGCGUGUUGUUCAGGAAGAUGAAGCUGUUGCAAAAGUAAAAGCAGAGGAAACUCAAGCGAUAGCUGAUGAUGCUCAGCGAGAUUUGGAUGAAGCCCUUCCAGCUUUAGAUGCUGCCAACAAAGCCUUAGAUUCGUUAGAUAAGGCGGAUAUUUCUGAAAUCAGGGUUUUCACUAAACCUCCUGAUCUUGUCAUGACAGUGAUGGAAGCUAUUUGUAUUCUUUUAAAUGCAAAGCCUGACUGGGCAACAGCAAAACAACUUCUUGGGGAUUCCACAUUCCUGAAAAAGCUUCUAGAAUAUGAUAAAGAAAAUAUAAAGGGUGCAAUAUUACUUAAGCUUCAGAAAUAUAUAAACAAUCCUGACUUUGUACCAGAAAAAGUAGAGAAAGUGUCAAAGGCAUGCAAGUCUAUGUGCAUGUGGGUGAGAGCUAUGGAUUUGUACUCUCGAGUUGUGAAGGUUGUCGAACCAAAAAGGCAAAAGUUAAAUGCUGCCCAGGCAGAACUUGAUGCAACUUUAGCUACCCUGCGUGAUAAGCAAAAAAAACUGAGGCAAGUAGAGGAACAAAUUCAGGAAUUGCAAGAUCAAUAUGAAACAAGUGUGAAUGAAAAAGAGAACCUUGCAAGGACCAUGGCACUGACUCAGGCUCGUCUUACCCGAGCUGGAAGACUUACAGCUGCAUUAGGGGAUGAACAGGUUCGAUGGGAAGAAAGUAUUUUGAAUUUUGAGGCAGAGAUUUCAAACAUCACUGGAAACGUAUUCAUAGCUGCUGCUUGUGUAGCUUACUAUGGGGCUUUUACCGCACAUUAUAGGCAAUUGUUAAUAGAUUGCUGGAUCAAACAAUGCCAAGAUCUAGAAAUUCCUAUUAGUUCUGACUUCAGUCUUAUAAAUAUUUUGGGAGACCCCUAUGAAAUUCGACAGUGGAACACUGAUGGAUUACCUCGUGAUUAUAUUUCUACUGAAAAUGGCAUUCUAGUUACACGUGGGCGACGCUGGCCACUCAUGAUUGAUCCUCAAGAUCAGGCAAACCGUUGGAUAAGAAACAAAGAAGCAAAAUGUGGUUUAAGAAUAAUUAAGCUCACUGACUCUGGUUUCCUGCGUACACUGGAGAAUGCUAUUCGUCUGGGUUUGCCUGUUCUUCUAGAAGAGAUUAAAGAAACACUUGACCCAGCCCUGGAACCUAUUCUUCUGAAGCAGACUUUUGUUUCUGGCGGAAGACUGUUAAUUCGCCUUGGAGAUUCAGAUAUAGAUUAUGAUAGAAACUUUAAGUUUUAUAUGACAACAAAGAUGCCAAAUCCCCACUAUUUACCUGAGGUGUGCAUCAAAGUAACUAUAAUAAAUUUCACUGUUACCCGAUCUGGUCUGGAAGAUCAACUGCUAAGUGAUGUAGUGCGACUAGAGAGACCUGAACUAGAGGAACAAAGAACACAGCUCAUUAUAAGAAUCAAUGCUGAUAAGAAUCAGCUAAAAGCAAUUGAAGACAAAAUUCUAAAAAUGCUUUUUACAUCAGAAGGGAAUAUUCUGGACAAUGAAGAACUCAUCAGUACACUUCAAGAAUCAAAGGUUACCUCUGGUGCCAUUAAAAUAAGGCUUGUAGAGGCAGAAACUACAGAAGAAAAGAUAAAUGCAGCUCGUGAAAAAUAUCGCCCUGUUGCCACUCGAGGAUCAGUCAUGUAUUUUGUAAUUGCAAGUCUUUCCGAUAUUGAUCCAAUGUAUCAGUUUUCCUUAAAGUAUUUCAAACAGCUAUUUAAUGCAACAAUUGAAACUUCUGAAAAAAAUGAUGUUCUGGAAUUGCGAUUAGCUAUCCUACUUAGUCAGACUCUCUAUGCAACUUACACUAAUGUUUCCCGAGGCCUUUUUGAACAGCACAAACUCAUCUAUAGCUUCAUGCUCUGUAUUGAAAUCAUGCGGCAGAAAGAAGAACUUACAGACACUGAAUGGAAUUUUUUCUUGCGUGGAGCUGCUGGCUUGGAUAAGGAGCGGCCUGCCAAACCGCAAAUUCCAUGGCUGGAAGAAAAUACCUGGUUUAUGUGCUGUGACUUAGAAGAAACCCUUCCAUGUUUUCAGGGCAUUCAAAAAGACAUAUUGCUCAAGCCCAUUUUCGUUAAACUAGGNCAACUUGAUAUUCGUAUCAAUCCAGAGGAGUGGGAAGGUUAUAAGCAUGAAACUGAGGAAAAGAAAAAAAAAGAUGACAAGUCAAACAUUCUCUGGGAUAGUACACUGACCAUGUUUCAGAAAUUAAUUGUGGUGAAAUGCUUUAUGGAAGAGAAGAUUGUUUCUGCACUUACUGAGUUUGUAAUAGAGAAUCUUGGGAAACAAUUCAUUGAGAAUCCUCCAGUUGAUCUGGCAACUCUUUACCAGGAUAUGUCUCCUGCCACACCACUGGUGUUCAUCUUAAGUACGGGCUCUGACCCCAUGGGGGCUUUCCAGAGAUUUGCAAAAGAACGAGGAUAUUUAGAACGAGUGCAAUCAAUUUCAUUAGGACAAGGUCAAGGACCUAUUGCUGAAAAAAUGAUUAAGGAUGCACUGAAAACAGGAAAUUGGAUAUUUCUUCAGAAUUGCCAUUUAGCUGUUUCAUGGAUGUUAGCAAUGGAAGAGCUUAUAAAAACAUUUACAGAGCCAAGUGUCUCUAUCCAUGAAAACUUUCGACUCUACUUGAGUUCCAUGCCAUGUACUACUUUCCCUGUUACUGUCCUUCAGAAUUCUGUCAAGGUAACAAAUGAACCCCCUAAAGGUCUACGGGCAAACAUUAGAAGAGCCUUCACAGAAAUGACACCCUCGUUUUUUGAAGAAAAUAUCUUGGGCAAAAUCUGGAGAAAAAUCAUUUUUGGCAUUUGCUUUUUUCAUGCAAUUAUUCAGGAAAGGAAAAAAUUUGGACCCCUUGGUUGGAACAUAUGUUAUGAAUUUAAUGACAGUGACAGAGAAUGUGCCUUAUUAAACCUCAAUCUUUACUGCCAAGAAGGAAAAGUACCCUGGGAUGCCCUUACAUAUAUAACAGGGGAAAUUACAUAUGGAGGACGAGUUACAGAUGCCUGGGAUCAAAGGUGUCUUCGCACAAUCCUAAGGAGGUUUUUUUCUCCUGAAACAUUAGAAGAUGAGUAUAAAUAUUCUGAAUCAGGAAUAUAUUUUGCCCCUAUGGCUGACAGUUUGCAAAACUUUAAAGAGUAUAUUGAAAACCUUCCUUUGAUUGAUGACCCAGAAGUAUUUGGAAUGCAUGAAAAUGCCAAUUUAGCAUUCCAGCGAAAGGAAACUAAUACUAUGAUUACUACAAUACUUGAUGUACAGCCACGAUCAACAACCCAGGGAUCAGGAAAGAGCAAUGAUGAGAUUGUUCAGGAGCUUGCUAGUUCAAUUCUUGCUAAAAUUCCUGAGAAGCUGGACAUGGAACUUGCUGCAGAGACACUUUUUGUGAAGGAUAGCAAAGGUCGAAUAGACUCUCUAACGACAGUUCUUGGGCAAGAAGUAGAUCGUUUUAAUGGCCUUCUCAGUCUGCUAAGGAUCUCCCUACAAACACUUAACAAAGCCAUUGCAGGAUUUGUAGUAAUGUCUGAAGAAAUGGAGAGAGUGUAUCACAGCUUUCUUAACAAUCAGGUUCCAGCCCUCUGGGCCAACGCAGCAUAUCCGUCACUGAAACCUUUGGGGACGUGGGUGAAAGACCUUGUGCUCAGGACUAACUUUGUAGAUUUCUGGCUCAAAAGAGGUCAACCUAAAUCAUUUUGGAUCUCUGGUUUCUUCUUUCCGCAAGGAUUUUUGACAGGAACUCUUCAGAAUCAUGCUCGAAAAUAUAACUUACCAAUUGAUGAGCUUAGUUUUAGUUAUAACAUCAUUCCUGCCUACAGAGAUCAAAUGCAAGUGGCAGAAGCUUCAAAACUGUGCCACUUUGGAAACCAGUUACCAAUGGACGAACAGUUGCCUUCUCCUGAGGAUGGGGUGCUGGUCCAUGGUAUGUUUAUGGAUGCCAGUCGUUGGGAUGAUGAUGAAAUGGUUAUAGAAGAUGCAUUACCUCGACAAAUGAACCCAAUGCUUCCAAUAAUUCAUUUUGAGCCGCAUCAAAAUUAUGACCCCCACCCUUCAUUGUAUCAUGCGCCCCUUUACAAAACUGGAGCUAGAGCAGGAACUCUGUCCACCACAGGUCAUUCUACCAAUUUUGUGGUUACAGUCUUAGUUCCUUCAAACAAGCCAAGCGACUACUGGAUAUCGAAAGGGUCUGCAUUACUGUGCCAACUAAAUGAGUAA